AUGCCAAAGUUCAAGGAAAUUGUUGAUUAUUUGGAGAAUAGGAUUCAUGCAUUAGAAGCCACCUCACCGACUCAAUUGCCAUCGAGCCAGUCCAAGUCGUUCAGCAAACAAAAGGUAACAAGAGCAGGCAGCCAAGAAGGUCAAAAGAUCUCAACGUUAUCUACUACAACAAGAAAUCCAAGUAAGGCUUGCCCCUGCUCCAAUGGGUCUCACAAGCUCCAAAGAUGCCCAACGUUCAAAGCUUUGAGUCCUCAACGAAGGUUGGAGUACAUCAAUUUGAAUAAACUUUGUAUACUGUGUAUGAUGCCAGGACACAGAGCCAACAACUGCAAGUCGUCUUAUCGCUGUAAAGAGUGUGAAGGUAAACAUACCAUACUGUUACAUGACGCUCUCUGUAAAAGCGACAGUAAUCAUCAAAAGAAGGAAGUAUCCUGCAACGUCACUCAAACCGACAGUACCUCAGAUUCAGAGGACAUGCAAAAUGUUUUACACUCAUACAAUGCAGUGUGUUUACCUGUCAAGCCCAGCAGCUGUGUUCUGCUUACAACUGCACGAGUACGACUUGUCUCACCUCAAGGAUACAGUGUAGUGGUGCGAGCGCUACUUGAUUCAGCUUCGGAGUCGUCCUUCAUCACAGAAAAGGUGGCAAAGAGAUUGCAGUUGCGGCGGUCAAGAGUGAAUGCUUCAGUCUCUGGGAUACGAGCCAUCUCAGUGGGACAGGCGCAUAUACAAUCAGAGCUGCAAGUGUCAACUAUAGAGGACUCAAGCAGGAAUCUCAACUUCACAGCACUGGUACUUGACAGAAUAACUUCUGAUAUUCCUUCAGCACCUGUCAAGCCCGCAUCUACUUGGAGCCAUCUAGCUGGACUAAAUUUAGCUGAUCCUGACUAUGGUAAGCCAGGCCCGAUUGAUGUUAUGUUUGGUGCAGAUGUUACAGGCUUUUUGCUGCUGGAUCAAACUCGAUCAGGAUCAAUAGAUGAACCAGUUGCCAAACUCUCAUGGUUCGGCUGGGUUUAA